UCUAUUCAUAUUAUCGUUUGUUAAACUACUCGUUUGCAUUGAAGAUUUCAAAAAAUAUAAAUUCAAGUUGAACACAUAUAUUAACUGCAUUAGACACGACUUACAAUUACCUAAAUAGUAUUUAAUAUUUCAUUUCAUUUUAUAUAUGAAUUGAAGACGAAGAAAAGUUUGAGGCAGCUAAUGCGGUUUGCAUUCGGUUUAUUAGGCAGAGCUUCAUUUGAGUCGUAAUUUAGAAGCCUAGUGUUAUGAAACUAGACUAAGAUACAUCAGCGACUCAAUAGAACGAAUUGCACAAUCGGAAUCCGAUAAACCAUAAUUUUAAGUAUAAUUUAAAUGCAAUUGGAGUCUACGACGACAAAGCUAGAGCAAAUGAGCUGUUAAAAAUUGUUUUCGAAAAUAUAUGCCCUUUCAAUCAACAUCAGUUGUGACAAUCAGUCGACAAUAUAGAAUGAAGGAAAAUGUGGUUUCCCCCAGUGCUGAAGCUACUCGUACUAUGGCUAUUAGCUUCUGGCUCCUGCACCUCCCUUCAGGCGAAUGUGCGACGAGUAAAGCGUCUCUCCUCACCAGAAUUUAAUACUGAAACAUACACGAAACUGACCAAGUACGUGGUGUCCUUCAGGUCGCGCACGCCGGUAAAACACUUUGGCGACAAUCACUACUGCGGCGGGUCGAUAAUAUCGCCAGUGUUUGUACUGACUGCUGCAAGCUGCGUCAUGGACGAACGCAAGAUACCCCAUAGCAAUCGAGUGCUGCAGAUCGUGGCAGGAGCCCCGGACCGUCUGAGGGUGCUCAGAGGCAUGACCAUCAAUAUUCCGAUAAGGAAGAUCUUUGUACCGGUCAACUAUACCCUCAACCACACUUACAACAUUGCGCUCGUGAAGCUGGGCUUUUCCCUGCCCUCAAAGAAUCCACACAUCGGAAUACUCGAGUUGCCCACAAGUCCGCCAAUCCCUGGACAGCUGUACAGAGUCCUAGGCUGGGGUCGCAUGUAUGCCGGCGGCUUUUUGCCAGCGAAAAUCCUGUACAUAGAUGUUAGGUUGCAGACGGAAAAGACUUGUAGCUCGCUGCUGGAAAACUACGAGCCCGAAAUGCUGUGUGCUGGCCAAAUGAAUGCCACACUCGAUCAGCAUCCCUGCCCGGGCGAUACUGGCGGGCCACUCAUGGACAAUACCACGAUUUACGGCAUCGUUAUUUAUAGUCUCGGCUGCGGUCACAAGCGAAUCCCAUCGGUCUAUACGAAUGUGUGGUAUCACUUGAACUGGAUCAUAGCAAUUACAAAACGGAAUGGCAGCACAUUGACCCGGAACCGGCUCCUCCUCUCACUGCUGAAUGCAAUCAUAGCUCUGUGCUCUAAGAUGGUCUAUUAGUUCGUUGGGUUAAUUUCAUGCAUUUCAAGUUAUUUUAUACGUAGUACAUUUUAUACUUAGUCUAAAAUAAAUAGCCUAUUUCAGGCUAGAUCUAGUCUA